UUGAAACACACUAAAAUUGCUGUUCUACUACUUGCUCACGCUUUAUCAUACUGUAUAUAUUCAACUGUCGUCUCUUUCUCUGUAUGAAACUGGUUUUCGUUCUCUCUCACUCCACUCCACAGAGUUUGAACUGAAACUCUGAACUGAAAAAUGUUUUACUACUCGCUUCUUUUCCUUGUUCUUGUCUCACCAUUUUCUCUGAUUCUUUCUGUAAACCAAGAAGGUCUUUAUCUGCAACAAGUGAGACUCGGUCUUGAUGAUCCUGACGGCAUUAUCUCCAACUGGGACGAAAAUGAUGAUAAUCCAUGUAACUGGAAAGGUAUUACAUGUGAUCCAGCAACUCUUUCAGUGAACUCAGUUGAUUUAUCCAACGCCAAUCUUGCUGGUAAUUUCCCUACACCUGUUUGUAACCUUCAAAAUCUUACGUUUCUUUCUCUCUUCAACAACUCCAUUAAUUCAUCACUAUCCCUUGAAAUAUCCGAGUGUCAAAAUCUCCAACACUUAAAUCUCGCAGAAAACCUUUUUGUUGGUUCAUUACCCUGCACCCUCACCGAUAUCUCUACUCUCCGGCACCUUGACUUAGCCGGGAACAAUUUUACCGGUGAAAUUCCCUCGAGUUUUGGAAAAUUCAGCCAACUCGAAGUUUUAUCGUUAGUUGACAAUCUUCUCGAUGGAACCAUUCCUUCUUUUCUUGGUAACAUUUCUACUCUGAAGCAACUUAAUCUUUCUUAUAACCCGUUUUCUCCGAGUCAACUCUCUCCCGAACUCGGUAAUUUGAAAAAUCUUGAGAUUCUCUGGUUAACUAGCUGUAAUCUAGUGGGUCAGAUUCCGGAUUCACUGGGGAAACUUGGAAAUCUGAUUGAUUUAGAUUUGGCGGUAAAUAAUUUGAAUGGUCCGAUUCCAAAAUCAAUAACCGAGUUAACAAAUGUUGUUCAAAUUGAGCUUUAUAAUAACUCACUAACUGGAGAAAUUCCCGUUGGUUUCUCGAAGAUUAAGUCGUUAAAACGAUUUGAUGCAUCAGCAAACGAGUUAGAAGGAAGGAUUCCUGAUGAUCUGUGUGAGUUACAUCUUGAAUCGCUGAAUUUAUAUGAGAAUCAGUUGGAGGGAAAUCUUCCUGGAACGAUAACUCAAUCACCAAAUCUUAAUGAGUUGAGAUUAUUUAAUAAUAAACUCACUGGAAAACUUCCCCAAGACUUGGGAAAGAACGCUCCUUUGAAAUAUGUUGAUGUCUCCGGAAAUCAAUUUUCCGGAGAAAUUCCAGCUGGUUUAUGUGAAAAUGGCGUAUUGGAAGAGAUUCUUUUCAUCAACAAUUCAUUUUCUGGAAAAAUUCCGGAACGUCUUGGAAAAUGUUUGAGUUUAACUAGAGUGAGAAUGAGAGAUAAUUCUCUAUCUGGUGAUAUUCCUUCAGCAUUCUGGGGACUUCCGAAUGUAAAUUUAAUGGAAUUAAUGGGGAAUUCUUUCUCGGGUUUGAUUUCAAAUACUAUCUCUGGAGCUUCUAGUCUUUCAAUUCUGUUAAUAUCCAGAAAUCAGUUCAGUGGAGUUAUACCUGAUGAGAUUGGUGCGUUACAGAACCUGGUUGAAUUCUCAGGGAGUGAUAAUUUACUUACAGGGUCUUUGCCAAAAGCAUUGGUUAAUUUAUCGAAGUUAGGAAGACUUGAUCUUCAUGGUAAUCAACUUUCUGGUGAAAUUCCUUCUGGUAUUCGUUCAUGGAAGAAUCUCAAUGAGUUGAACCUAGCAAGCAAUGGGUUUUCAGGUAAUAUUCCAACUGAACUAGGUAGUUUACCUGUUCUUAAUUACCUUGAUUUAUCAGAUAAUCAUUUCUCAGGAAGUAUUCCACUUGAAUUACAAAAUUUGAAACUCAAUGAAUUCAAUUUGUCUAAUAAUAGACUUACUGGUGAACUACCUCCUUCAUUUGCUUUACAAAUGUAUAGGACUAGUUUCUUAGGUAAUCCGGGUUUGUGUGGAGAUCUUUCGGGUCUUUGUCCAACAGGAGUAGAAGCGAAGAAAAUCGGGUUUGCUUGGUUGCUUAGAUCAAUCUUUAUACUUGCUUUUAUUAUAUUUGUUGUUGGAGUUUUUUGGUUCUACUAUAAAUAUAGAGAUUUCAAGAAAGCAAAGACAGGGAUUGAGAAAACAAAAUGGACUUUAACUUCAUUUCACAAAUUGGGUUUUAGUGAAUAUGAGAUUUUGGAUUGUCUUGACGAAGACAAUGUGAUUGGAAGCGGAGCUUCUGGGAAAGUUUAUAAAGCUGUUCUUAGCAAUGGAGAAAUAGUAGCUGUUAAGAAACUUUGGGGAGAACUGAAUAGAGAAUCAUCUGAACUGGAGGAUGUUGAGAAAGGUUGGAUACCUGAUGACGGAUUCGAAGCUGAAGUUGAAACCUUGGGAAAGAUUAGGCAUAAAAACAUUGUGCGGUUAUGGUGUUGUUGUGCUGCCAAGGAUUCUAAACUUUUGGUUUACGAGUAUAUGCCUAAUGGAAGUUUAGGGGAUUUGUUGCAUAGUAAUAAGGGAGGAUUGCUAGAUUGGUCGACUAGGUAUAAAAUAGCGGUGGAUGCAGCUGAAGGACUUUCUUAUCUGCAUCAUGACUGUGUUCCUCCGAUAGUUCACCGAGACGUGAAAUCAAAUAAUAUAUUGUUAGAUGGAGAGCUUCGUGCAAGGGUUUCUGAUUUCGGUGUUGCUAAGACAGUUGAUGCAAUUGGAAAAGGGAACGAACCCAUGUCCAUCAUAGCCGGCUCUUGUGGUUACAUCGCUCCUGAGUAUGCUUACACUCUUCGAGUAAACGAAAAGAGCGAUAUAUACAGCUUUGGGGUCGUGAUUCUAGAGCUAGUAACAGGGAGACUACCUAAUGAUCCAGAGUUUGGUGAAAAAGAUUUGGUGAAAUGGGUAUAUUCCACUGUGGAUAAGAAAGGUGUUGACCACGUGAUCGACUCAAAACUUGAUUCCUGUUUUAAAGAGGAGAUAAGUAUGGUUCUUAACAUAGGUAUCAUUUGUACUAGUCCUCUCCCCAUUAACCGCCCUUCGAUGCGAAGAGUUGUCACCAUGCUGCAAGAAGUUGGGAUAGAACACAGAGUCGUUGCUGAGAAUAAAGACGGGAAAACAUCCCCAUAUUAUUACGAAGAAGAAGCUUCAGCUUAAUGAGCUUUCGAUCAAAGAAAAUAUAUAGAAAGAUCUUGGAAUAGAGUAAAAUGUCCCUUUACUAUUAUUCAAGUGUUCUAAUCCAGGUGAUUGAUCAUUAAUCUCUCCUCCCACUCCCGGUGUUUGUCUCGAAAUGGAGAAAGUGAAGGAGGGCGGAAGUAAGUUUGAGAUACUGUAGUAAUUAGAGAGCUUUUCCGUCAGCUAAUUAAUGGCAUUUGAAUAUUAGUCUACAGUGUAAGAAUGUACCUGCAUUAAUGAGUCUUCUUUGAUUAAAAUCAGUAGGAAUGAUUAGUUAUUAUUAAGAUUUAUGCGGAUUUUCUCAUUACAUC